AGUGGACCUAAAUCCACUUUUUCAGACGGCACUUGAACGCAGCAUAUGAGGUAAACGGGAACGGAGAGGAAGGAAGUGUUUGUUGCAGCAGCGUGGAUAUGUCGGACCCGGCGGCGCAGGCCUUACAACCCCGGCUUCUCCAAACCCAGUCUACCGGGACUGCGGGGUCUGGUGCUGCUGCGACGGGUUCCGGACCGGGGAACAGCGACCCGGCCAGACCAGGACUGAGCCAGCAACAGCGCGCCAGCCAGAAGAAAGCCCAGGUCCGAGCUUUCCCACGGGCGAAAAAGCUCGAGAAACUUGGCGUAUUCUCCGCAUGCAAGGCUAGUGACACAUGCAAGUGUAAUGGAUGGAAAAACCCAAAUCCACCCUCAGCUCCUCGUAUGGAUCUGCAGCAGCAAACAGCCAGUCUGAGCGAGUCUUGCCGCAGCUGUGGACAUGCUUUGGCUGAUCACGUGUCCCAUCUGGAGAACGUGUCUGAAGAUGAGAUCAACCGGCUGUUGGGAAUGGUCGUGGAUGUGGAGAACCUUUUCAUGUCCGUGCACAAGGAGGAGGACACCGAUACCAAACAAGUGUACUUCUACCUCUUCAAGCUCCUGAGGAAAUGCAUCCUACAGAUGAGCCAGCCGGUUGUAGAGGGGUCCCUCGGAAGCCCGCCCUUUGAAAAGCCCAACAUUGAGCAGGGCGUUUUGAAUUUUGUCCAGUACAAGUUCAGCCACCUGGCACCAAAGGAGAGGCAGACCAUGUUCGAGCUGUCGAAGAUGUUUCUGUUAUGCCUGAAUUACUGGAAGUUAGAGACGCCGACGCAGUAUCGUCAGCGUACCCAGAAAGAUGAGGCAACCGCUUACAAAGUGGACUAUACCAGGUGGUUGUGCUACUGCCACGUCCCACAGAGUAACGACAGCCUGCCACGCAAUGAAACCACUCAGGUGUUUGGUCGAAACUUACUCAAAUCCAUUUUCACGGUUACUCGGCGCCAGCUCCUGGAGAAGUUCCGGGUGGAGAAAGACAAACUGCUGCCAGAGAAACGCACACUCAUCCUCACACACUUUCCCAAGUUCUUGUCGAUGCUGGAGGAGGAAAUCUACGGUGAGAAUUCGCCCAUUUGGGAGGCAGAUUUCACCGUUCCUGCUUCGGACGGCUCUCAGAUGGGACCUCAGACAGUGAUGAGUCCAGCGUCGGUCUCUGGGUCUGCUGCUUUGUCCAAAUGUCUGAGCAGCAGCUCGUCUCUAGGCAGCGUGGACACAGGAGGCGUCGAGUCCAUCAUAGGGGAAAAGCGCAAACUUCCAGAGGCGUUGACUCUAGAAGAUGCCAAGCGGAUCCGUGUGAUGGGAGACAUUCCCAUGGAGCUGGUUAAUGAAGUCAUGAUGACAAUCACAGAUCCUGCUGCUAUGCUCGGACCAGAGACAAACUUGCUGACGCCUAACGCUGCCCGGGACGAGACAGCCAGGCUGGAGGAGAGGCGGGGCAUCAUAGAGUUCCACGUCAUCGGAAACUCUCUUUCCCAGAAGUCCAACAAGAAGAUCCUGAUGUGGCUGGUCGGCCUUCAGAACGUCUUCUCCCAUCAGUUACCUCGUAUGCCCAAAGAGUACAUCACUCGGCUGGUGUUUGACCCGAAGCACAAAACCUUGGCUCUCAUUAAAGAUGGCCGUGUUAUUGGAGGCAUCUGUUUUAGGAUGUUUCCAACCCAGGGCUUCACAGAGAUCGUCUUCUGUGCCGUCACAUCCAACGAACAAGUCAAGGGUUAUGGAACUCACCUGAUGAACCACCUGAAGGAGUACCACAUUAAACACAACAUCCUUUACUUCCUCACUUACGCUGACGAGUACGCCAUCGGAUACUUCAAGAAGCAGGGCUUUUCCAAAGACAUUAAAGUGGCCAAGAGUCGAUACCUGGGAUACAUCAAAGACUACGAAGGAGCCACCUUGAUGGAGUGUGAACUAAAUCCUAGAAUUCCCUACACGGAACUUUCACACAUCAUUAAGAGACAGAAGGAGAUAAUUAAGAAGCUGAUUGAGAGAAAACAGAGUCAGAUCAGGAAGGUUUAUCCAGGUCUGACCUGCUUCAAAGAGGGAGUUCGGCAGAUCCCAAUGGAGAGCAUCCCGGGAAUAAGAGAGACAGGCUGGAAACCCAGCAACAAGGACAAGGGGAAGGAGGUGAAAGACCCAGAUGUGCUUUACAACAUGCUGAAAAACCUUCUGGCCCAGAUAAAGACUCAUCCUGAUGCCUGGCCUUUCAUGGAGCCUGUGAAGAAAUCUGAAGCUCCUGAUUACUACGAGAUCAUCCGCUUUCCUAUCGACCUGAAGACCAUGACAGAACGACUCAAGAACCGAUACUACGUCACCAAGAAGCUUUUUAUCGCUGACCUGCAGCGAAUCAUCAGCAACUGCCGCGAGUACAACCCUCCAGACAGCGAGUACUGCAAGUGUGCCAACACUCUGGAGAAGUUCUUCUACUUCAAACUAAAAGAUGGUGGCCUGAUUGAGAAAUGAGCUUCAAAACAAGAGAGGGAAAUCUAACUCACUGCUGUGGUCUGAGUCAGCUAAAGGGCAUGAAUAAAGUUCAUUUCACAAGGGAAUUAUGGGAAAAAAGCCCCUCAGAGCCAGCUGAGCGUUACAAGUGUCACAGCGACAUCAACUUAGAGCCAUUUUGCUUUUUCCAGAACUUUGUGGAGAGAAAAAAAAUCAGCAUCCUACAUCCUUCAGUGAGUGUACCAAAGUUACAGGUCCGAGAUAGAAAACUGCUUAUUUAUUGUUUGACUGAACCGAUUGUGUUGCUUCUACGGUUUAUUCCAGUUUCAGGCUUAAAUUAAGUCAUGAGCCAAUUUAUAUUUAGUUACUUUCCAGAAGAAGAAAAAUAAAGCAAAGGAGCAUGGGACCUAAAGCCACGUUGCCUUCUGAUACUGACACACACUUGAACGUCUCGGCCGACUUCGUGAGUGUGAAAAGUGUUCUGAGCAGCGGGCGGCGCCGAAACCUUAGUUCAGAUAUUUGAGUGUAAAAGUUUUGAGUUAGAGAUGCACAGAUUCUGGCUUUGUGGGCGACGAUUUAUCUCAAAGAAUAACGGUGAAGAAAAAGUAGCUUUUAACAUGAAAAUAAUGGUUCAGGAAGUAAAAACUUCUGCCUGGAAGAAGAUGUGAAUAUAUGCGUAGUGUUGAGUUCCCACGGUUGGUUGUUAGAGUUCCAGAUUGGCCCGUUCUGCUGAAUCUUGGUCAAGUCGGAUCAUCGGCCGUAUUCUUGGUGCAUCACUAGUGUGAGUUAUUAUCUUACCUGUUAUAGACAGCUGUUGAACAGCCUCAAUUUGGAGAGACGGAGAAGAGUUCUGAUCAAACAGAUGAGCUAACGGCAAGUCUGAGCGAAGCCAGUUAAGCGCUUCUGCUAUUGUUCAGCAACACUCGUCUGAGAGAUUUCAUACCUGUUCAUUUAAAUCUUUAUUAACUAUUAAAGAAAUACAAGUGUUUUCACUAAUUAUAAAGAAUUAUUAGCAGAAAUGGAAAAGUGGAACUAGCUGCUGUGGCACUUAUACAUAGAAACUUUCACAUUUAGCUAAAAAAAACAUAAAACGUGAUGUAAGUUCAUAGAACAGCUUGUGUUUACAGGAUUCUAAUGAAGGUGUUUAAAUCCUUUAAUUUUGAAGUUUUUUCAAAGUUAUUAGUGUGGGUAAAACAAACUUAAUAAGCACUUUUAACGAAUAAAUUAAAAGUGUAAUUUUUGGGUCUGCAUCAUUGGCGGUUUUAAACAGGGGCCCACAGGGGCCUGGGCCCCUAUAGAACCGGCCCUGGCCCCUGUGCUGAAGAGAUCUGAGUUUGUUUCCCCGCGCUGCCUCGGAGAAGGGAACUAAUGCGCUGCAGUGUUUCACAUGGAGCUUUUAGAGCGCAGCACACUCUGUAGACAGAACUGUUUACCUGGUGGAUUUUUGAAUAAAAGAUCAAAAAUAGUUUAAAUGGGACCCGAGGAAAUUCUUGAGCACGACUAACGGAUGUAAUCUUCAAAUAGUCACAAACUAUAAUAAUCAACUAGAAUUAUUUUUUUACUCAAGUCUCAUGUUGCGGUGAAGCAUUCAGAAUUGUUAUCUGAGUAUCAUAAAAACAUGCCAGUUUUACUUUCACAAGUAAACCAUUACUGCAUUCGCUGUAAUAGUUUACUUGUUCAUUGUCUUUUAUUACGAAUUUAUUUGAUUCUUAUUUUAGUAAAAUACAGCUGUAAAAGAUCAUAGAUGAAAAAAGUAAAGGAAAAUUUUUGAUAAAUUUGAUCCCCAAAACAUAGUAAAGAUAGAUAUGAAAAAAAAGAGAACAACAAAGUGAGUAGUUUCACAGUACUAGGAAUUUCCUUUGGGAAAAUUGUGCACAAGCACAAAAUUAGUCAUAUGGUGGAGACAAAAAUGAUUUUUGAUUUUGCCCUAAAUUUUCCCUUUUUUUUCAUGCACCCCCAUGAAAAAAUACUGGCCCCACUGUGGCCCCCCUGGAAAAUUUGGUCUAGAACCGCCCCUGGUCUGCAUGUAUGUGUAAUCGCCACAGUGAGGCGCUGGGAUACCUCUAAACUCACCCUAAACCUGACUUGGACAACUCUUUGUAGACUGAUGUGAAAUGUUUGAGAUUGGAGUUAUACUGACGACACUUGUCUCAUUAGCUCGUCGGUUUGAUGAUUGUGCAUCUCUGUUUCUACUGCCUGAGGCCGUUCGAGGAACUAUCUAAGGCGGGUAAGAUGAUGUCCAGACCUUUUUACAGAAACCCACAUCAAAAGAGCUGAACUGUCAAUGUAAAUAAAUAAAAAUGUAUCAGGUGACUUAACAGUUUCAGGGUUUGCUUCAAAAAUCAUUUUUUCUGUAGAUAAUUUGUACAGCUCGACAUGUAAACAACCGCGGUGAAGUUAGCUUGAAGUUGGACGUUGGAUGUUCGACAGACAUUGGUUUACACGGUCAGCGAUAAGUCUUCAUGCUGUGCACAGCGGCACAGACGGCGGUAGUUCCGAGGACUCGCUAAUGGGAACGGCGGUUCGCUUGGGGACUAUCAACAAAUCUGUAGUCCUUUGUAAACGAGUACAAAAAAAAGUAAAACUUCCAGAAUAACUUUCUAAAUGACUCAAAAUUACUUCUGACUUGUGUUACUAAACUACAUUUACAAGACACAACAAUUUUAACACAUUUCACGUGUUCUCAAACGUGUAUUGAAAGAAAUCACUUUAUUAAAACCACCAUUCCCAUUAGCGAGUCCUCGGAACUCAGGUUACCGCUGUCUGUGCCGCUGUGCACGGCAUGAAGACUUAUCGCUGACCGUGUAAACCAAUGUCUGUCGAAUAUCCAACGUCCAACUUCAAGCUAACUUCACCGCGGUAGGAAAACGGUCCUUUAGAGUUCGAGGUUGGAUUUACAACUAUCUGAAUUCGGUCCUUGGGUGCCAACAUGGACGUAAUUGUCGUUUUAGAAGUGGGGGGGACGUGGGGGUGGGGGGGUAUAUCUUUACAGUAUGCUCUAAUGGGAAACUGGCUUUAACACAAACGGCUGUUUUCCGCUUGGUCCUAGAGAUCAACCAGUGUCAAUUUAACAUAGCGUAAUAUUGUUUUUGGAUGGUAAAAAGUGCAGGGGUCAAAACUUGACUUUGGAAAAAGUGGGGACCCCCCCCCCC